GCGGCUGUCGGCUGAGCGAGCGUCGGGGAAAAGCCCCACCUGGGGCGGCAGCUGGUGUGCGGGUCGCAGCGGGGGAGAGGCGCGGUAGGAACGGGUCCCCGGAGCUGUGGACAUCGGGUGCGGGGAUCCCGUCCGCGCUCUCUGCCAAGCUGGCUUCCUAGCUGGCCUGUUGCUAGGGCCGCCGGACGCCGUUGCUAAGGACCGUAGAGAUCCUGAACGUCUAGAGCGCGCCGCUCCUUACCUGGGGUCGACUUUGGUCAAGAGUAGCCUUCGUUAGUCUUAAUUGAAACCGGAGGAAAAGAGAAGCAAUGCAGAAAUCAGAGUGCCCUGGAGGUGCACAGUUGAGAAACAGAGUAACAGGUAACUGUGAUCAAAAGACAUCAUCAAGUGCACAAAUAAAACACAGGGCUACAGUUCAGAGAAGCAAAUCCUCAUUGUCAACCAGUUCUCCAGAGUCUGCAAGAAAACCUCAUCCUCGACCAAGUGAUAAACUUAACCCUAAAACAAUUAACCCAUUUGGUGAGCAGUCACGAGCCUCUUCUGCAUUUGCAGCCAUUUACUCUAAAGGAGGUAUUCCUUGCAGAUUGGUACAUGGUUCGGUAAAACACAGAUUACAGUGGGAGUGUCCACCUGAAAAUCUUCCAUUUGACCCUCUUCUUAUUACUUUAGCUGAGGGUCUGAGAGAGACUAAACAUCCGUAUACCUUUGUAUCAAAGGAGGGUUUUAGAGAAUUACUUUUGGUCAAAGGUGCUUUUGAAAAGGCCAUGCCUUUGCUACCUAGACUGAUUCCUGUGCUAAAGGCGGCUCUGGUUCAUUUGGAUGAUGAAGUAUUUGAAAGAGGAUUGAAUGCUCUGGUACAGUUAAGUAGUAUUGUUGGUCCUUCUCUAAAUGACCAUCUGAAACAUCUGCUUACAAGUGCAAGCCUUAUCAUCAUCAAAUCCAAAAUUCCAACAUAUUGCUCCAUAGGCUGUUGAAUAAGGGAGCCAAGAAAAAUCAUCUUGCUACCUGAGACAUGUCAAACGCCGACCACAAGUACCCCUGGAACCUUUAUUCAGUUUGGUUUAUACUUUUCUAAACCACAGUCACCAUUUGUUAUUUACUAGGUUAAGAUGAGUAUUCACAAUCCCAUGGAAUCAUAGUGAAAGUUAUUCAUUAACUAAGAAGAAUGGUUAAUAAUGAAAUGCUAUUAAAAGAAGUUCUAUACUAGAACAAUUUUGUAGGGUUUAUCUUUCAUAUUUUUAUUAUAUGCGUGAAGAACUGUUAUUGAGUUUACAAGAUCAGAUGUUUUUGUAUUUUCUAGUGCCUUUUUAUUUAUAACACCAUUUUUUGCAAUUAAUUUGUAGCUGUGCACUUAUUUUUGUAGGUAUUUUGCUAUUUCUUGGGUUUUAUCAUUAUCAAGGCUGUAUGUAGAAUUUAAAAUAGUGGACAAACAUUUGUGAAUUCAUAAUUAUUGUUUGUAAAAAUGUAUUUUAUAAUGUAGAAUGCUUGGAAAAUUUUCUUUCCAGAGUAUUCUAGUUUAAGUAAUUUUUUUAACUGUGAAAAUUUUAUUGCAAGUAUGUUGUUUUUUACAACUCAGUAAAACUACCUAAAUUUUAGGUGUUAAUUAUAUUUAAGUAAAUAUUUUUCAUUUCAUAGCCUGAAAAAACUGAUGUACACAUAAAGAUAUUCAGAAAUUACAAUCUUAAAACUCA